AUGUUUGGAUCGACGCGAAGCACUUUUGGUAAUACAGGAUCCACGCCCUUUGGGACGGGUGCUGCCACCAACGCAGCGAACUCUCCGUUCGGCAAUUCCGCCGGAGCGGCCAAUUCUGGUGCGUUUGGUACCGGUACGACCGGCUCCAACGCCGUGUCUGGGUUCGGUGGGUUCUCUACAGGCGGAUCCGGCCUCUUUGGUAUGUCCAACAACAAUAAUAGCAACAGUAACAGCGGCCCCGGUUCUGGUGCCGUCGCCAAUACCACGACUAGUCCCUUUGGCCAGACAGCCCCCGGUGCGACCGGUGCGCCGUCUCUUUUCGGUAGCUCCUCGCCCGCAAGCUCUGCAGGCGCCAGCGGCGCAAGCGCCGCUGGUACAGCAGGUCAAGGUACCGCCAUCAAGCCCUUUACACCUCAUGUCGAGAAAGACGCCACCACGGGGCUCAACAACGUGUUCUAUAGCAUCUCGUGCAUGCCUGAGUACAAGAAUUUCUCGUUUGAAGAGCUGCGUUUACAGGAUUACCAAGCCAACCGGCGGUUUGCACAACAGGGCGCAACCGGUGCGCCCGGUUCGACUGUCUCGCCGUUUGGGGCUGGCGCCGGUUCCGGGUCGACGUUCGGUCAAAGCAAUUCCAAUACUAACGCGUUUGGCAUGCUAGGCAACAAUCAGCCAUCGCAACAGUCCUCGAACAUGUUUGGCCAACCCAAUGCUACUUCUUCACCCUUUGGACAGCCCUCGGGUAAUGCGUUUGGGUCUGCUGCCGCUAAUACGGCUAAUUCUCCCUUUGGUAUGAAUAAACCGGCUUCUGGGGGGUCCCUUUUUGGUCAAAACAACACAGCCACGGGAGGCGCUAGUGGCACUGGAACGAGCGGUGGUCUUUUCGGACAAACUAAUAAUACCAACCAAAACGCAGGCGGACUUUUUGGUCAAAGUUCUAACAAUAAUGCUUUUGGCUCCAACACUUCUGCAUUCGGUCAACCCACUAACCAGCCUGGUGCCACUGGCACCGGAGGCGGGCUUUUUGGUCAAGCAAACUCCGGAAAUGCAAGUGGUGGUGGUCUGUUUGGUCAACCCAACAACACCCAAAAUCAACAAGGUGGGCUUUUCGGUCAAAAUUCGGCCAAUAUGAACGCUGGCGCCGGUAUGUUUGGUCAAAACAAUACGAGUGGUAACUCCCCUUUUGGUCAAAACUCGGCUCAAUCUAACCAGAUGGGCGGUGGUCUUUUUGGAAGUAAACCCACUGGUGCAACCACUACUGGUUCUGGCGGACUUUUCGGCCAAGGCAACACCAGUGGUGGUGGAGUUUUUGGGCAAAACAACACAAAUACCAACGCCCUAAAUUCUCCAUUUGGACAAACGGGCCAACAAUCAGGUGGUCUGUUCGGUCAAUCUGCAAAUAACAAUGCGUCUGGCGGUGGCAUGUUUGGUCAACCUAACAGCGCCAAUUCGGGAGGACUUUUUGGUCAAAAUAACACCAAUACUACAAACCCCGGUGGAGGGCUUUUUGGUCAAACUAAUACAAACAACGCAGGUGGCGGUGGACUCUUUGGACAAAAUAAGAACACAAAUUCGAUGUCUCCCUUUGGUCAAAAUCAGCAACAGCCUGCCAGUGGCUCCGGUAAUCUUUUUGGUAAUAAGCCAGCCACUUCAGGUGGCCUUUUUGGCCAAAAUACAACAAAUUCUGGGUUUGGUCAGACCACCAAUACCACUGGAGGUGGUGGCCUAUUUGGUCAAAAUAAUACUCAGGCCUCAGGUGGUCUUUUCGGCCAAAACAAUGCGAAUCAGGCAGGCAACAGUUUAUUUGGUGGCGUCAACAACAAUCAGCAACCUCAGCAGCAAGGUGGGGGUCUUUUUGGACAGACUGGUAACCAAGCUCAGAGUAGUGGACUUUUUGGACAAUCGAAUAAUACUAAUACCAACCCCCAAAAUAUAGGUGGAGGCAGCCUGUUUGGUCAGAAUAAUAAUCAGCAACAAUCGGGUGGACUUUUUGGUUCGAAGCCAGCAACGACUGGGACAGGAUUGUUCGGUCAAAAUAAUGCUCAACCCAACACUGGGGGACUAUUCGGUCAAAAUAAUGCUACAAACACGACAACCCAGACGGGUGGUCUCUUUGGGAGCAAGCCAGCCACGAGCGGCGCAACUGGAGGUGGGUUAUUCGGCCAGAACAAUAAUAACUCCUCAACUAGUGGCGGAUUGUUUGGUGGGCAAAACUCUGCUCUCGGCCCCAAUAACACUUCCGGCGGUCUCUUUGGUGCAAAGCCUGGUGGUGCUGCGCCUUCUAGCGGCGGACUCUUUGGAAAGCAAGCAAGCACUGGGGCGACAUCGGGAGGAGGACUGUUUGGUAAUAAGCCCGCCGCGCCAGGUGCAACUGGAGCCUCGACGGGUUUAUUCGGAAACAAGCCUGCUACCGCGACAGGAGGUGGACUUUUUGGUGGGAUGAACACAAAUACGAACGCGGGGUCCAAUUUUGGUGGCUCCAGUGGUUUAUUCGGUGGCCAAAACGCACAGCAGCCCGCGCAGGCUGCCCAACUGCAAACGUCUGCACAAUCUGCGAACCCCUAUGGCACCAAUGAAUUGUUUUCACGAGUCACUAUUCCAAACUCGAUCACGCAGCCAACUAAACCAACUGCUACUAAAAUAAAUGCGGACAUAAAAAAGAAGGCUAGUUUAUCCACUGCGUACCGAUUGGCUCCGAAGCCACUAUUUGGACCCCAAAGCAACUCAAAAGCUCCCUUGUCACGUACUGCCAGCAUUGUCAUUGCCAAUGGGACCCCCAAACCUGCCCUCACCUCUGGAGCCGAGCCUUCCAAGCGUGAGAUUAUGCCCAAUAGUGCAGGAAGUUCUCAAUCAAUUUUCAAUGACGAGAGCGACGAAGUCAUUCUUUCUUCUAGUAAAUUACUAUUCAAUCCUGACAGGAAAUCGUUCAAGAACUUGAUUAUAAACAGAAAAAAGAUGGAAAAUAUUUCUGACGAGCAAGACGGAAAUCAUAUCAUCAAAAAAAUUACUUUCUCAGGAGAACCGUCGGGACAUGCAAUUGCUGACGACAUUUCAACAUCUUCCUUGCAUGGGAAAACUGCAUUGGCCAACUCAGACGAAGACUCUGCGACAAAAGUGAGCAGAGAUAUUGCAAAUGGGUCUGACAAAACGGCCAAGGCUUCGAUGAUACCAUCCACACCACUGUCCAAAAAUCCGGUCAAUUUUACCACUGCUAAAUCGUCCUCUCCUGAAAGAACUAAGAAGCCCUCAGGAAUUAUUGGGGACGACAUCUCAUUCACAGACGACGGCUACUACAUGACGCCUUCUUUAGAGACGCUAGCCUCGAUGACACUUCUUCAACUUCGCAAAGUGGAGGGCUUGACCAUCGGGCACAGGGAUUACGGAAAGAUAGAUUUUCUAGAGCCCGUUGAUUUGUCAGAAGUGUCGUUGCCAUCGUUGUGUGGCCAGCUCGUUGUGUUCGAACCUAAGACUUGUGCCAUCUAUCCAAACGCUAGUGUGAAGCCAGCGGACGGCCAAGGUUUGAACGUUAGAGCAAGAAUCAGUACCUAUGGUUGUUACCCAGUCGACAAGUCAACAAGGAAACCCAUAAAAGACCCUAACCAUCCUAUUAUCAAGAGACACGUUGCAAGAUUAAAGUCCAUAGCGGGUACUAAAUUCGACAGUUACGACCCUCUUACAGGUACCUGGGUUUUCACCGUCGAUCAUCCCAUGUAA